CUGUGGCGGCGGCUUGUUGACCCUUUCUUUGGCAACACUGGCAGCCGUUCCCCCUGGUGGCUGUGUGUAUACACACAACAAGCGGAUCAACAUUCUGCAACACAAUAGACGAACGAGCGGUGAAAACACUCACACAUCCACACACACAACAUACGCACACUCGCUCUGGGACACAACAGUGAAAUAUUGUUUGUGUGUGCAACCGGGUGCUGUAUAGUGUGCGUGUGUGCGAAUCUUUCUUCCCGUUGUUUCGACCGAGCCCGUUGUGGAUGGACGCCAAGUGAGGCCGGGAGGGUGGCAAGCCCGUGCCAGUGCGACAUCCCGCGGCGGCGAGCACACACCCGCCCCUUUCAACCGGCAAUCAAUGCCACCGCUGGCGGCGUGUGUUUUUAGCAGCAGCAGCAGCAGCAGCAGCAUCACCAGCAUCAGUAACAUUUACGCACAAACAUACCCACACAAACACUCGCAGCCGAUAAAUUGAUGAGCCUGCCCCGAAAUCCCCUACCCCUUCCCCGGAGCACGGCGAUCGAUUCAGCGCAAUGAGUAACGUACGAUGCAACGAACCGCCACCGACGGCGACCACUUCCCUCGCCGCCAAGGACACGGAGGCUGAUACCGGGCCAUCGAUUGCGCCGGUACCACAGCCGCAGCAGCAGCAGGCGCCGCAGCAGGCGCCGACCGUGCAGUCGAGCAAUAGUAAGGGUACGCCCUGCCGCAUCAACAGCGUGAAGGGCUACCAGAACCGUACCAACAGUAUUAUCUACUGUCCGCCAUUGUUGCGCGGCAACUCGCCGAAGGAGAAGUGCAGUGCGAUCGUCUACUUCGGUGGCGAUGUGCAGGACAUCCCGGAAAAGAUGGAAUCCAAUCGGGACAACAAAAACUACAUCAAAUGGAACCUGGAGAACACGGCGCUGCUGCUGCGAGAAUCGUUCCCCCAGUCGCACAUCGUGGUCGUGCGCCCGAUGCGGAUGGAGUACAGCACGUUCAGCUGCUUCGACAACUUCGUGCGGGGUAACAAUGCGGGCAUACCGGACCACACGCCCAUGCACUACUCGCUGCAGCAUCUGGAGGAGCUGCUUAUAAAUCUUACGAAAAAGCUCACGAAACCUAUCCUGGAUCAGGAAUUCCUACACAAGCUGCUGAGCGCUUCCAGCACCAAGGGGUACGGGGGCGACGUGCCGUGCAAACAGAACAAUGCCGACAUUUUGCAAAGCAAUAUCUACGAUGGCGGGGCCGCCGGGGCCGAGGAUCCGGCCGAACCGGACGACCUGGCCGAGCUGCUCUGGUGGCGCGAAAAUCUCAACCUCGACAAGGCGAGCCUGAAGCUGAUCGGGUUCAGCAAGGGCUGCGUGGUGCUGAACCAGUUCAUCUACGAGUUUCACUACUACAAAACGCUCACGCCGGACGACAGCACGAUGAUGCGGCUGGUGUCGCGCAUCAGCGACAUGUACUGGCUGGACGGGGGGCACGGCGGCGGCAAGAACACCUGGAUCACGUCCCGCAGCCUGCUCGAGACGCUCUGCCGGCUGUGCAUCAACGUGCACGUGCACGUCACCCCAUAUCAGAUCCAGGACGACCACCGGCCGUGGAUACGGAAGGAGGAGAAAGCGUUCACCGAUCUGCUGAAGCGGCUCGGGGCCGCCUUCGACCGCCACCUCUACCCGAGCGAGGCGAACUCGACCAACCUGUACACGCACUUCGACGUGCUGAACCGAUUUCGGCAGCACCAGAUCAGCCUGUUCUCGCAGCAGCUGCACCAGACGGUGAUGCAGCAGCAGCAGCAGCAGCAGGGCACGCUCGUCCAGCACGCCGCCGGCGGCGGUAGCUACGGGCGGGUGGUGGUGGCGGCUGCGGCGGCUGCGGCGGCGGCGGCGGCGGCGGCUGCUCCCGGGCAGGGCAGUGAGGAGUCGGCGGACGGUGGCGAUGGUGGCGGCGGCGGCGGCGGCGGUGGCACUGGCUCGCCCGGCCCGGAAGAGUACGGCACGGUGGGUGAGGACGAGGACGAGGAGGAAGAGGAAGAGGAAGAAGAGCCGAUGGAUGGCACCGGGGGUGGAGGAGGAGGAGGAGGUGGGCGAGGAGGUGGAGCCAUCGGGAAGGUGGUGGAUGAGGAGGAGGAGGACGAGGACGCGUCCUCGCUGGCACUGGAGGACGGUGUCGGGGAGGAGGGACCGGGCGGCGGCGAGGGCGAGGAGGAGGAGGAGGACGACGAUGCACCCAUGCCGGCGCACCACGUCACCGCGAUGGAGACGGGGGCGGACGACGACCAGGGUGAUAGCAGCGGGGGCAGCAGCAGCGGCGGCAGCCUGCACGACAACUGACAAUCGGCACGCGAUUGCAUCAACUUCAUUUCCGUAUUCAUUUAGAAAAUAAAAGGCGCGGAGCGCGAGAGAGAACGAAUUUAAGUUGUUCGUUUCGCGGCGGUGCCGGCGGCCGCGGCAGCUCACCUACACACAAUGGGGUACUCCUCCCACCCCCCCCCCCCCCCCCCCCCCCCGCUCCCUACUCGCGCGCGCGUAGCAUACAUUUACGCACACAUCGUACGACUUUGCCAUGUUAGAUUUUACGCGUCCCCUCCCUCCCGGUGCAUUCCCCGUUGGUUUCAUGCACAGUGCAGCAGCCACGGCCCAUCGCGGCGUACUCAUAGCGACCCGAGCGGACCGGGUGGAGGCAUCCCGAAUUGUAUCUGUAAUAUUAUGUUGUACUGAUUGUACAUUUAAGUAGAUUUUAGUGUGCCCUUGCUGGCGGUAACGACGCACUUCAGGACCAUUUUUUGUGUGCUGCGGCAGUCGAAUGCCUACCGCAGCUGGGGGUAAGGGGGGCUCAUAUUUUGGCCGCUAAGUUGAGGGCUGAGAAGCUGAUAGAAAGCUAGGGCGCGCUUGUGGGUCGUGCAAAAGCGUGAUCAAAAAAUGGUCGCCGGCUGCUGUUCAGUUCAGAGGAAGAGGACACACCCCUUUCAUACCUUCAGCCGCUCAGGCAUGGCUUGGCACCAGUUAGCACCUUCCCUCUAUCUCUCUCUCUCUCUCUCUCUCUCUCUCUAUCUUUCUCUCUCUCUUGGUAGCGCAAACCACCCGUUUCGAUAGGCGCAGUGCAAUUUAUGACAAACCAGCGCAAAUCAUCAGCGGGCUUUGCUUGCUCCGCGAUGCUUUCCACGCCGACUAAUAGUGCGGAGAAAAAUUGCCCCCGUUUUUCCGAUGCGUACAUGUGCGUGUGAGUACAUGAUGUUUUUUCCCAAAUCGGUACGUGUGCUGGAACUGUUCCGCGGGGGGUGAUUUUUAAGGAAAAGUGGACCUACAAACACCUUUCGAACGACAAUUCCUCGCGUACUUUCAAACGAUCGUUUGAAUUACAUCACAAUCCUCUACCACCCUGGUCGUGAGAUACCCUAAGUGCACCGGUAUGUGUGUGUGAGUGUGUGUGUUUGUGCAUAAGAUAGGAAUGUGUCUGUCUAUGCGUGGCUGUAUACGUUUGAAUGAGAGAGAGAGAGAAAGAGAAGGAGAAGAAGAGAGAGAUAGUAUGUGAGAGAGAGAGAGAGAGAGAGAGAAAGAGAGAGAAGAAAAAAAAAUGGGGUGGGUUGGGGAAAAUUAUUUUCAUCCUUUUUCACAAAUCCUUGCAUUCGUUGCUCAAUUCAAUUGUAAAUUUGUCUGGUACUGUAAGCUCUCUCCCUCUCUCUCUCUCUCUAUCUCUCUCUCUCUCUCUUCACUUUUAACAAACACAACAAAAACCGUAACAUCAACACAACACAAAAAAGGAAAAAACCACAUCGUUCAUCGCAAAUCAUCCCCCAUUCUCCCGACCGAAUCCCCCUCUCGCCCUUUUUUAGAACGUACACACCCAGCAGUGGGUGAAAAGAAAAAGGUAUCAUUUAUAAUUUUAAAAUUCCUUCCUUAUAAUAAUUAAAUAUAUUUUAAUUACAAUUCUCGAA